GCGCCAUCGAAAGUUAAAAGGAAAGCUUCGCAAAAAAGUUCUUAUUUAAUUUUAUGAAGGAUGGAACAAGUAUUUAAGAUAGAUAGUUCAGAUAUCUGUAAUUUACUCGAUCGAAGUGAAGACGUUAGAAAGGAAGCCUUAUUUCGGUUAAAAGAUAUUCUUAACAAUAACAUCAUAUUCAAAGAAUCAUCUGAUUGCCCAACUGUUGUUAAUCUGGAAAUCUUGGUUCGACAUCUCAUCCAAUGGUUUCAAUUCCGUCCACUUACUCAAGAACACGAAGUGUUAAAUUUGUUAACGCUUAUUAUAAGCCAAAAGGAACUUUUGAAUGCUGUUACACAUCAUAUUGGUAUCAGCAGACUUAGAAAAGAAUUUUUAAAAAUCGGAAACUUAAAGCUCAAUGAGAAUAGCAGAAUUAAAGUCCAGAAGAUCAUUGAACUGCUCAAUGGCUAUGAUACUGUUAUUGUACCUGAUAUGAUGCAAGAGCAGGACUCAUCACAAGAAAAAAAAUCUGAUAGUUACACCAAUUGUCUGAUAGCUAGAAAUCGAAAAUCUAAUUCAACUCCUCCAUUGAAUUUUACAACAACAUCAAAUUUACCAUCAAAAUAUGUUGAGGACGAGGAAGGAUUCUGGAUCAGACUUGAAGGAAAGAACAAAGAUAUCUUCAACGCAAUUAAUAACAUGUUGUUGCACUACAGACAAUCGGAUAGUGGAAGAAAUAUUGUCGAUUUAUUUCUCAAAAAUACUGACGAAUUUCCAAUCGAGUUUUAUUUUCAAUCGCCGAAUGUCCUUACAACAAUCAUCAAUCUCAUGAAUAUGUCUGAUGAUGAAAAUACAUCAAUCAACAUUGUCAAGUUCAUUCGUUUCAUCGUCAAUUCUAUUAAAAGUCGUUGGAUAGAAUCACUCAAAUAUGCUGAUGACCAAGAACUAAACUUUUUAUCAGUGAAAAAUCAUUUUAAUCAAAUCAUGACGAUGCUCACGACUUACUUUGAGACUUUACAAAAGAAUUUCAAUCUGGAUGUUUUCGAGAAGAAUCUGGACAUUUUAAAUGAAAUUUAUCUGCUUUUAUUUGAUGUUUCAUUUUUCAUCAGCAAGACACAAAAUUCGUGCGAAAUUUAUUUCAUUCAACUUAUAAAUGCAAUUGGCAAUUUUGCAAAACUUUUACGAACUUACAAAACUCCACUGAACCGCGUUGAUGCUCUUAAGACAAUUCGCAUUCAUCUCAGUUUAGAAUUAGUCAAGUUGUUGACAACUUCUAUUAAAAAUUGUUCAAAGUUUUAUGCCGAUAAUUUGAUGCUUAAACAAAUAGCUCAGGAUGUCUUUCUACAAUUGCUUUCUAUUGAAAUUCUUGAAAUUCGCCAACACACAUACAGUUUUGCUAAGAAAAGCAUUCAAGAAAAGAUUAGUGAUAAACCCAAAGAUGAUCCAGCUUGUGAAGACAGUCUUUGUCAUAUUUUUGGUAUUCCAAUUACAACUGAAAUUGUCGCUGAAAUUAUUUGCUUUGGCUUAACUGAUGUGGAUGAAGAAAUUCGAAAAUGUGCCAAAUUUAUUUUCGUCGUUUUACUUCGAUCGAAAAUUAUUUUUUCUGAACGUUAUUGGUUGAGAAUUUACGACAUAAUGAAGCCUGUUUUACCAUUAACAACUGCUGUGUUGAAAGUUCACAACUACAUGGAUAUGCUUGUUAAUGGUUAUUAUCAGUCAAGUUCGCCACAUGAUAAACGUGAACUUAAUCAAGCAUUGGCCAGAUUUCUCUUCUCCAAAGAUCCAGAAUCACGAUCUGCUGCCAAGAUGAAUUUAUUGCAAAACUUAAGAUUUGAAGAAGAUCUCAUACAAGUUAUUCCCGAUGAUUUUUGUAUCCUUCCCAAGCACAUGGAUUUGGAUGCACCAAUUGAAUCCGUCAUUCGAAAGCUGACAAUCAACAUUUUAUAUAAAUGGGCAGUUUGCAUCGCAUCAUUUCGUUGCUACAUUGCAAGCAAUGCUUCGGUUCUUGAAUUUCUGAUAAAAACUUUGAUCUUCUUACAAGAUGACGAUGAAGUUAAGAAGCAAGCUUCAUGUUUGUUGUUCUUGCUGCUAUUCAGUGAUUUUGUUGUUACAAAUGGAAAUUCUGUUUCAAUGCCAAAAUGCCUUUCAUCGUUGAAUUGUCCAUUUAAAUUUGAUCAACAUUGGAUUGAAAGUCCUUUCAACGUGAUUUCAGAAAUUGAAGAAGUUGACAUUGCAAUCAAAGCUACAAAUGAGACUGGAGAUAUUUGUAGAAUUUCGCAACAACUUUUAAGAUUCUCUUUCGCUAAUGAAUGGUUCAAAGAUCCUGAGUCAUUAAUUCAUGUAAACUUGAGUGACUUCUCCACUAGCGAAUUUUAUAACAAGAAUCUUAAUGAAAAUGUAUUGAAAGUUUCUGAAACACUUCGACUCACAACUGAUGACAUCAUUUUUCUAAAGCAGUCAAGCAACUCUGAAGUAAUUAAAGAAAUAACUUUCCAAUUGGAUAAUACAAAGACAGUUCAAGAAGUUCAAAGUCUUACAACUCAAAUUCAAACUUUUCUUCUCAUUCCAUCCGAUAGUUCAGAUGUUUUGUGUGCAAGAAUUUGUGAAAGUAUUAAUCGAUUGUUGGUUUACGAUGACAAAAAUGAAGCUCAGAAGAAAAUGUUUUUGAGAUUAUUGCAAAUUUAUCAGCAAAUCAUGAAGUGGCUUAAAGAUGAACAUGUUUUGGGUUUACUAAACAAAAAGUUCCUCAUUGCACUCAUCAAGACCGAUUUGGAAUUUCCAGAAGAUAUUUUCAUUGAAGGUCUCAAUGUUAUAGACUGCAUCGUCAAUUUAUGUGAAGUUCGUGCACCAUUAAAAGAUGCUGUCAUAAUAAAAUAUGAUCGUCAAGAGAAAUUCAACUUUCCUUCAAGACUUGUCGUUAAAUUCACGGAAAAGCUUUUUCAAGAUGUAAUGAAAGAUGGAAAGUGGCAUGAAGUCAAUCGUCAUGGCGUUGCCAAAGCCAUUUUGAGAUUAAUUAAAAGUCUUUUAAAUGUAAUGAAAUGUUCUGAUCUUGAUGACACGUUUUUAUGUUCACUCUUUGGUCAUCUUUCAUCAGUAACUUUGUCGUUGCGCUUAUCUUAUCAAGGAGAUUUGAAUAACAAUAAUAUUACCAUCAACAGCAUUCCACAUACACAUGCAAGCCUAUUGAAGCUUAUAUUUGCUAUCAUGCUCAAAAUUUCUUCAAUAGUUAAACGAUUGAACAUGAAACCAGAACAUUUGGACAAUCUCAUGUUCUGGACGGUGGAAGAAUUGGAUGAAAAUCUUCAAAACAUUAAACCAUUGCCCUGGAUGAUAAUUGAAGAGUUAACAAAGGAUAAAGAAAGUUGUGAGAAGUUUUGCAGUGAUGUUUACGCAAGGUGUGGAAUGACACUCCCAACGGUGUUAUUUUUGUCAGUACAUAAACCUUCAACUCGUCGUAAUCGUCUUGAGGAAAAGAUAAAAGUUUUAAUAAUUGGAAAUAUCGUCGAUCAUUGCGAUAAUUUCAAUGAUGAAUCAAGUAGUUCGAUGAAAUUCAGCUUUAACAUUGAAGAUGACAAGACCAUUGUUAGAAAAAUGAAAGAAAAGUUUUUGCAAAUCGAUAACGUCAGUGCUUGUUGUUUCAUGGUUAGAAAAAUAAUUGCAAAGAACGAUGAGAAAUCUUGUGACUCCAUCAUCAAUAAUAAGUUGCUACAGAAAUUUAUGAACUUUGAAGUACCAGAAAAUGUUAUUUUAGAAGAUUACAAGGAAAUUACAGAUCGACUUUUGACAAUCGCUGCAUGUUACAAUUGGAUGCCACUUAUGGAUCAUGCUGUUGAAGUUGUUGGCCAAAGUAAACUUGACUUCGUACUUAUGAUGCUGAAUCCUAAUAAAUACGAGCAUGAAGUAUUUAAAAAUUUUAAUCAAGCUGCACUUGAUGUUCUUCUCAUCAUGACUCAAAGCAAAGAUGGUGUGCAAAAGAUUGCAAAUGCAUGUGACAAUUCAGAAUUUGUUCGUUGUCUGAUGAUUGUAUCGCAUUAUAACAUGAACAUUGAAAACAAACCUAAUGUCAUCAUCAGCCAGAUGAAGUUUUGGUACUCAUUUUUGGUUGCAUGUUCGAGCUAUGAAAAUUCGCCACUUGACAUCAUCAAUAAGCAAACAUUCAACAUGUUCAACAAUGGAAUUGCAGAAAUGGAUUUGGAUAUAAAUACAUCAAAAUCGACGAUUUUAGAGAAGUCAUUCAGUUAUAUUCAAAAUGCAAUUGAUUUUCUUUUCCUUCAAAUUGUUGGCAUGUUUGAAUUAAUUUAUACAUCAAAGUUUAAAUCUGAAGAAAAAUUGAAUAUGAAAUGUUUAUGCUCAAUGCUCAUUUCAUUACUCUCCAAAGCAAACGAAGGAAUUCAACGACUUGUAAUUAAAAUUGAUUUGGUUAAUGUUGUCAUAAACAAUCUCGAUUUAACACUGAAAAUCAUGCAAAGAUGUGGAUACCUUGAGACGACAAAGAAACACGGUGUCAAAGCUGCAAAAACAUUGAUCACUGAUACCGCAAUUUUAUUUAAAGCACUUUAUGAAUGGCAAAUUCCAUUGGACAGUCACAAAAAACUUAUUUCAAUCAUGUAUGGAAACAUUUUUCAUGCUUUCGAUUGGAUUGAAAAUGAUUCGAUUCUCUUUAAUUGUUUCAUUAAUCUUUCACACACAAUCGGUCUUUUACCGUUUGGAAGAAAAUGUAUCAUGAAAGCGGAAGUGAAUGAUAAAUCAUUGAUUUCAUAUCUCAUGAAAAAGGCUCAAGACCUGUCUAUGAAAACACCACACACUGAUGCCAACCUCACGUUGCUGAAAAAUGUAUUGAAAUUACUUUUGAUUUCAUCAAACUGGAUUGAAGUUCGCUUGUUGCUACGACAAGCAAAAGUUUUCCACAUUUUUGAACUUCUUCAUCCGCAAAUUUAUUCGAAUAAGAAGACAACUUGGGACAGCGUAAUAAUUGAAUGGUUGAAAUUCACUGAACGCUUCUCUAGAUAUGAAGACACUGAAUGCUUGACAAGCCAUGUUUCACUGAUUUGCCGCCUGUUCCGUGUUGGAAAUCAGAAAGUUAAAUUGUACUCCUUGAUUAUUUUAAGAAAUUUGUCACUCAUCACAUCCAUUGGUAAUGUUUUGCUAAACUCAAAAGAAUUCACUGAAACUGUCACUUAUAUCAUCCAAAAUGAUUCCAUCGCAUCAAAUGAUGAAAAGAUUAUCGUUUUACAAACUUUACUCAGUAUUUCAACUCAAAGUUAUCAGAUGAAGGCAAAAAUCAAAAACUCAUCAUUGUAUCGAAUACUUAAAGAUGAAAUUAACGUUAUGCAGUCAAAUAUCGAUGAUGAGAUAUUUUUAAAUCUUCGUUUUAAUAUUCACAAAUUACUAAUUUCAAUGGAUUCAAGACAAAAUGAUUUAAUUAAUCGUCUCAAUGGGUUGAAGAAAUAUCAAGAAGAACAAGAAAGUAUUAUCAAAACUAAACAACUUGAUCAACGAGCUCUUCUGACACGAGAACAAUUACAAAUGUAUGAGAUGCUUGGUCUUAGUGUCUCUAGUUAUGCUGAAUUGACUUCUGAACAAACAAACGUUGGAACGCAUAGUGAUAACGAUUUUGAAGAUAUAACUCACAUGAAUCAAGAGGAAGAAGAAUCGGAUUCAUCGGAUGAAUCUUAUAUUAAAACUUACAAUAAUGAGCUUGUAACUAAAGACACAAUGGCUUCUCCCACAGAACAUGUUCUUGAAAAUGAGAAUGAAGAAAAUGAAUCACAAGUUCCGAAGCGACCUUUUCUUCGUAGGGGGUCAGGUUUGACAGCUCGAUUUCGAAUUCCUCCUGACGCAUUUAAUCUUAAAAAUCUUCCCCGUUACAAAUAUGCAGAUCGAAUUAAGAAAAAUCUUUCAAAAACAGCUCAGAAAUCUAAAAAAUCAAAAAUUCCACCACAGCAGCAGAAGAAAAGCAUUGAAGCGGUAAAAUCUUUAUCUGAACCUAAGAAUGAUGUGAAUCAUCAACCAGAUACAAAAUUAAUUGAUUUAGAGCAGAAACAACCGCAACAGGAGGUGUUGAAACUUGACACCCCGACAACUGUUGGUUUAAAGAAAUCUCCUGAAACUUCUUCCAGCCAUGACGAACCUGAACCGAAAAUUCAAGACUGGUAUGAAUCUCGUGCAAAAGAGAGAAAUCAAAAUGUGGUUGAGAAAACAAAAGUAAAUGAAGUUCCGAAUGGUUUUUCAUGGGGAAAAAUAUUGAAUAUGAACAACCCUAUUGAUUCAUCGUUACAAUCAGAACUGCAAAAUUUUGAUUUGGAUUUGAAUGAUACGAGCUUGUUUCAUUUGCUUGAACAAAAAAUUAAUAGUUUGAGUAAAGAUCCUUCACUUUCAACUUUAACUAAACUUAUGUCUGUUUUGCACAAUCAAGUAAAUGGUGACGACGAUGAAAGCAAUAAGGAAACAUUUGCAAAUCCAGAAGAUCCUUUGGUAACUAAUAAAGCUUCCGUUAAUGUCCACCUAGUCCCUCAUCCAAGUGAUGUCAACAAAAAAAUUAUAGUUGAUGAUGACGAGGACGAUACAAGUGAAGAAGAAGUUGAACAAGACCAACAUCAUGUGAGAUUCUCUGAUAAUGUUGAAGUGCUUGAUGAUGCAACUGAUCUCUCGACAGAUCUUGAAGCCAUCGAGCUAAGUCAGACAUCAACUCCAAACCAACCAGAACAAUUUCUUAAUUUUAGGAGAAAUUUAAUUCAACAUCCCAAUGCAAACAAAGCACAAGAAAAAGAAUUUCUAAAGAAAAAAUCUGGUGAAUUGAAGGAAAAGUUAGAAGAAUUGGAAUUUGAAAUAAAUUCUCUUCGAAAACAGAAUGAAAAUGUUACAAAAAUUCGCAACGAUUUGGCACUUGAUAAACUUCAACUUCAGCAUGAUCGUGAAGAUAUGAUUGAGAGAAUGAAAGAUGAUCGAAUCAAAAUGGAACUUCAAUUGCAUGAUGAACGUUUGAAAUUAGAACAAGAUAAGCAGAAACAUGAGAAAAUGUUAAAAAAUCCAACUAAGAAGGAACGAGAAGAAAUCACAAAAUUGAAAGAAACUGUGGAAGAAUUGAAAGAAGAAAUCAAAUCCAAAGAUUCUCGACAUGGCUCGACAUCUGCUCGAUAUCGUUCACAGAUAAAAUUGCUUGAGAAGGAAAAUCAAAGUCUUAAACUCGAGCUUGAUGUGGUGAAAAAAGAAAACAAGAAAUUGGAAUUAGAAAAUGCACGACUUCGGAAAGAUACAAAUCAUAAAAUGCUGCAGGAAAUAAAUAAAAAUAUAGCAAAAUUAGCACCACAGCCACAAGAGAAUAAAAAGCAAUCAGAAGUUGUCAGGAAAACAACUUCAACAAGAAAAAAUGAGACAGCAAUUAAAAAACGACCACCAAAAGUCCAACCAAAGUCAAGUGAAACAACUGAAAGCUCAAGUGAUGAUGAUGAAAUUUCUUCGCAAAAAUCUUUAAAAGAAAACAAUCUCAUCAAUGAAAAUGUUCGUAGAUCAAAUCCAGUGAAAAAUCCGUCUCCUUCAUCGUCUGAAAUUCUUGCGGAUAUGAAACGUGAGAUUGUCAACUCUAAUGGAAGUAAAGAUAUUUGGUAUCCGAAUGGAAAUCUUAAAAAAAUAUCACCUGAUGGAAUGCUAAUAAGAAUGCUUUACUUCAACAAAGACAUCAAAGAAACCAACAUUUAUGAGGGAACUGUGAAAUAUUAUUACAAUGAAACGAACACUUGGCACACAACUUACAUCGAUGGUCUUGAAAUUCUUGAAUAUCCUGAUGGACAGAUCGAACAUCGACAUAAAGAUGGCAUGAUUGAAAUUCAUUAUUCAAACGGAUCAAUAUGCGUAACAAAUUCAAACUGGACAGACGACACAAAGGAAGAAUGGAAAUUACCAGAUGGAACAAACAUCAAAAUCCUUAAAAAUGAAUCGAAAAUUCUAAUGUUUCCAAAUGGUCAACGUGAGAUUCAUACAGCAAACCAUAAAAGAAGAGAAUAUCCUGACGGAACUGUAAAAUUACUCUAUGAAGAUGGAAGUUGCGAAACGAGAUAUUCCAAUGGACGUAUUCGCAUUAAAGAUAACAAAGGAAAUCUCAUCAGUGACACAAUGUCGAAUUGA